GUUGGCGUCGGGGAAUCCGGAGCAGAGGAACUGGAAGGGCAUCUUCAUUUCCGUGUUCGUGAUCGCCGCCUUUUGCGGCUUGAUCCUGUUGGCCGUUAUGCUGGUGUCGCCCGACACGUUCAAAGACGGCGACACGACACGUGCCAUCCCGCUCGACGACCUUCUGUCGACUCGCCAGUUUCACCCGCGACGCUUCAACGGCACUUGGAUCUCAGGUGA